AUGAACGAAAUUAGGGGCGGCUGGCUUGACUGCUACUUUUCGAGUGGAGGCUGGCUUGACCGCAGUCACAGGACCACCAUUCACCAGGUUGAGAGUCGAGUGCACCAACCGCAGUGCGGCCAGCAACCUGUUUCCAAGGAUUCCGAGGAGUGACGCAUAAUCGCUCGCUAUCCUGUCCAAGCGAUCCAAAUUCUUACCACGUGACCGAUUCGCGAGCGCUUUAGUUUCACGCAGGAUUUGACAGCAAUAUAAACCCUUCAUUCAGGCUUUUUAAUAGAGUCGCGGUCAGCUCAGAGUUUGGAUAAAGAUUGUGUAGUUUGUAUAGGCUAAUAGAGUUUGGAGUCUUAACCGCAUAGAGCGGGUGGCGAGGCUUUGACGUCAUCACUUCCGGCUCCUCUCCUAAAUUAUACUAGAUAAAUAUGUGCUUUGCGGAAACGCUACGUGCAUUACCGAACACACGGCACAUCUGGAAACAUCACUAGGGGGAAUUCCAAGAAUUUUCUCCUGUCGGGAUCCGAGACCAAGAGCUGGGACUCGAUGGAGGCCAUGGUAAAGCGUUCCUUUGGUUUGUGUAGCCUUCAGCUGACCUAUUUUGACGAAGAGAACGAAGAGGUUUCCAUUAACAGCCAAGUAGAGUACGAAGAGGCACUCAAGAGUGCAGCAAGGCAGGGAAAUCGACUGCACAUGAAUGUGUAUGAGACCCGUGGCCAACCAGCAAGGAUUUCCACUGGCAAGGCCGGUGCAGAGCCAAAGCGGGGCUUUAGACCCCCUCAGCACUGUCCUGCUCUUGCUCAGGUGGUCAGUCGCAAGAUUCAGGCGGCGGUGCCAGAACAGAGCAUGGAGAUCAUGAAAGAAGUGAAAGGGACAAAAGAAGAAGACAAGACUCCUCCUGCAUGGUUCACCUCUUACAUGGAGAAGUUCAAGGACCAGGUGGUCCGUGAGGCUGUGGAGAAAAUUUGCAGGGAGUUCUCUGGACAGUGCUGCAUCCACAAGCCCCUGAGUGGAGUAGGGGCAAGUAGAGAGGAUGCAAUAUCUGGGCCCGCGGUGGUACCUGAGGUUUCUUCCUCUACCCUGCCCGGAGCUCCGUCCUCUUCCACUCUUCCCUGCUCCUCCUGCAGGGGACAGACCACAGGUGGAGGCUACCAAUGCAGUGUGUGUACAUCUUGUACUCUGUGCGAGCCUUGCAGUUUCUCUCAUGAUCCUAGUCACAAUUUAGUGAGAGCCAGAACUCCUCUCUCUAUACCAGAACAUGGAUCACCUGCCCCUGACCACAGCAGGUUCUACAGACGAGGUGAUCGUAGCUUCCGGAAAGCCGAGAAGCAGCGGCUGAAAGCAGAAAAACGCCUGUUGAAGGCCGAAGUGAAAGAGAUCCGUAAACAGUUAAGGAUGGAGAGGCGUGGCAUACAAUGGAGCUCCUCCCAGAGAGAUGGAAGUUCUUCUCCUGUGCUUCUUCAGCCUCGAGCCACCCAGCACAACAGCCCUGAGCGACCAAAGCGUCCCUGUCCGCUGAUGGUUCCAACCAUGACAGCGACAUUUCUAGAUGAAAACCUUCCUGAUGGGACCCGUCUGCGUCCUGGAACCAAGUUCAUCAAGUACUGGAAGAUGAGGAACACAGGAACAAUGAGUUGGAGCUCUGAUACAAAGCUGAAGUUCAUGUGGGGAAACCUGGCUGUGGGCUCCGGGGAUCGUUGGAGAGAAGUAUCUGUUCCUUUUCUCCAGCCUGGACAGGUUGGCAUUGUGAGUGUAGCAUUAUGUGCACCGUCUGUGGAGGGUUCCUACACCUCCCACUGGCGCCUUGCCCAUACUGGAGAGCAAUUCGGACCCAGGGUUUGGUGCAGCAUUGUGGUUGACCCUCUGGCCCCUGCCCCUAUGAUGGCUGAUGGGAUACUUGUGUCACCGUGUGUCACACCACAGCAGGGUAAAAACCCAGUGCUAAAGGAAGGAAAAGCAUGUACAUCCUCUCGAAAGCAGCCUCCAGUUUCCGUAGACAGCGGAGAAGAAUACUACAUCCCCUCUGUGGACCUGCUCACUGCACAGGAUCUUCUGUCAUUUGAGUUGCUGGACAUCAACAUUGUCCAAGAGUUGGAGAGUGUCCCGAAUAACACCCCAGCUGACAUGACUCCCUGCAUCUCCCCUCUUCCUCAAGAUGGCCACCAGCAGGACAAAAGCAGCCCUUCUUUGGGGCUGAUCCAAGAAGAGACUGAAAUCAUCAAUAGCAUAAUGGAGGAUAGUGGAAUACCAGCACAAGAGGAGGGGGAGGAGGACAUCAGCGGCACUCAGUUUGUUUGUGAGACUGUGAUUCGAUCAAUGACCUUGGAGGAGGCCCCUGACCACACCCUGGUGAGAGGAUCUUGCUCCGGAGCAGUGGUGCGUCCGUCAGUUCAGAUUGGCUCCUGUGUGAAAAGUGAAGGAGUGAAAACUGAGGAUAUCUUGGACAGUUCCCACAACCCUUUGAAACCACCAGCUAUGCUAAAGUCUUCCCUGCCAUCCCCUCUGAAAGCCUCCCUACCAGCUCCUCUGUCUAUGGUCCCAGCUGAGGUGGCUGGCCCCAGCUCAGUUCCAAUAACACUCAACAUGCCACUGAUGCCUUCCACACUGCAGGAGUCCACCACCAUAAGUGAAGGCGAGGUUCCGCACAUUGAUUGUGCUGGUAUGCAGUCCAAAAGAAGGGAAAGUGAGAAAGAACCAAAGGUGAAAGAUGGUUUGAAAACAAAAGAGGGGGUGAGGAGUCGCUCAUCCUCCACCUCCUCAGAGGAAUAUAUCAUCAUCCUUCCUGACUGUUUUGACACCAGCCGGCCACUGGUGGAGUCCAUGUACAGCUCUGCUCUGUCUCAACCUGGUGAUAUUUCGGCUAGUACCCCCGCAGACCCUGAAACCCUUACCUGUGAGCACCCGGGCAGUACCUCCCAGGAAGAGGGCAAGGCGCAUGACAUCACAGCAGUUUUGGGUACAGGGACAUUGGGCAACAGCAGUGCUAACGACAUGCUUUGCACAUCUCAGACACUAGAUGAUGAGCCAUUGACACCUGAGGUGGUCGCACCACCUGCAGCCAUCCUUACACCAAGUCCAGGGAAUACUGGAGAAGCAGCAGGGGACAAUGUUGCAGCUAGGGAGGAAACAGACCACUCUGAACUGAAUCAAACUGAGGAUGCUUCAGGUGCUGAAAAGAAACAGUCAGCCUCAAAAGCCACUGCAGACACUGAAGUAGACUGCUCUGAGGAUCCCAGACACCCAAGUGUCACCAGUGACCUGGUUAAAGGAGCUCUGUCAGUAGCUGCUUCUGCCUACAAAGCUUUGUUUACUGGACAUGGCCCGACACAGCCUCCAGUAGACGAGUCCACACAAGAGACUAUGAUGGCCAUACUUGUAGAGAUGGGAUUUGGGGACAGACCACUCAACGAGCGGCUGCUUAAGAAGCAUAACUACAACCUGCUUGAUGUCGUCAAUGAGCUUGUUCAGCUGACCGACAAUGACUGGUUGGGCCCAUUAGGCCGGACAACCACCAACAAAGAGGCCACCCCACCCAGACCUGCAGCACCGACCCCGGUCCUGAGUGUGGGAGGUGGACCCUCCCAGAACCAGGCAGGGAAAUGAACCCCACAGCAAGCCCCACAGCCCGCAGGGGACCGCCCAGCUCCCCCACGAGAAGAGGAAGAGGCGACCGCAGCGGGACGCAAGGAACGGAGAGAAGAGGAGGAAGCAGGCCCGAGGAGCGACAGCGGGGCCCCACCGCCCCCACCAGCAGCCAGAGUGGGGGACUCAGGCAGGUGCCAGCCGGCACCGCCCUCGCACCAACGGAACAUGGGCGAGUCACCAUCACACCACCAUUACUCCUUAGGAGGUCGCCCCAGUGGUUCCCCCCCACCCCCGAUAUCAGGAAGGAAUGAAAAAAGUCCCGCCCCCACAGACUCCGGAACAGCAAACACAGGGACAAGAGGAGAAGAUCCCCACAGCAUGCAUGUCUUUUCACCAUGCAAAACGAUCUAAAAUGUGUGAAAAUAAAAAUAAAAAAGAAAUUAAUAGAAUAAUAACAAAACAACAACAACCUCGACAACAAAGAAUAUAGAAUUCCAUUCCAUUUCACACUUAUGGGAAUAGUCUUGCUAUUGUCAAAUGUUAAAUGGCACCCUACUCAGGGAAAGGAAUCAAGAGUCUAGAUUUAGCAUGUUGAGGAAAGGUGACCAGCUAUCUACGUAUAUGUGUAAUUGAUUUUUUUCAUUCUGCUGAUAUUUUUUCUAGCGCAAUAUAUUCUAUGAUGUUUGUUUGUUUUUCCAGUUUAAUACAAUUGUUUUCUUAGCGGUAGCUAACACGACAAGUAAUGAUUGUGAAUAUUUAUUAGGGAGGUCAAUUAUGCUUAAGUCGCCAAGUAUGCACAAUCUUGGGGAAAGUGGAAUCCCGCAGUUUAAAAUAUACGAGAGUUUUUGUAUAACCCAAGACCAAAAGCAUUGAAUCGGUGUACAUUCCCAUAUAGCAUGAAAAUAGGUGUCUGGGGUACUUUUGGUGCAUUGCACGCAUAUAUUAGAUGGAGAGAAACCCAUUUUAUGCAUAGUGUACUGAGUAAAGUGUGUUCUAUGGAGCACUUUAUAUUGUAUAAACUGUAGAUUUGUUUUUUUUUUUCAUUCUAAACUUAUUAUAAAUCUGUAUCCAGUAGCUACGGUCAGCAGACAGGGAAAGGUCUUCUUCCUAUUUGGUGCAUUGAUUUAGUACAUGAAAUUAAUUUAUACACUUUUACUUUUCGGGAGAAGCUUCAUUAUUUGCUUGACAAACUCUGGCAGUUUGAGGGUGCUCUGGAGUGUUGGUAUUCAUUUUUUUUUUUUAUUGCUGCUUUUAAUUUAUUGGAUUGAAGAAAGUUUCUGGCUGUUAUUUCGAAUUCUCGGAAGAGUUCAUCACGUGUCCUAAAAACAUUAUUGUUAAAUAGUUGUUGCAGGUGGUAAAUUCCAUGUUGUUCCCAUGUACUAAAAUGAAGGGGUAUAUUAUUAAUUUCAAAAUCUGGAUUAUGGCAGAUUGGGGAGAGCAUACUGGGAGCUAAUUGAGAUCCUGUCGAUUCUAAACUUUGACACCAAGCCGUUAAGGUGGAUGCGAUUAUUGGAUUCUUGAAACAUUUAUGGCGUUUAAGACUAGUAAAAAUAAAUGGAAGUUUUGGUAGUUUGAUAUUGUUGCAGUCUGUUUGUUCUGAUUCUAGCCAAGAAUCACACUCCUCAUUGUGGUGCAACCAUUUGAUGAGGUAUUGUAAUUGUUGUUAGCUAAAUAAUGGUGUUUAAAGUUGGGAGCAUUUAGGCCUCCCUCCUGUUUACUUUUCUGAAGAGUGGAUAGACUGAUUCUAUUUUUCUUAUUUUUUGAAUACAUUUUUUUUACAGCAGAAUCUAAGGUUUGAAACCAUUUAAAUGUGGGCUAAAAUGGAAUCAUUGAAAAUAAAUAAUUUAUUUGAGGUAAGGUUUUCACUUUUAUUGUAGCUAUUCUUCUCAGUAUAGAAAACUGUUUCCGACAGGCAAGCGCAUGCGCAGAAGCGUUGGAAGUGCGGUUUGACAAAGCUUCUUGACUCAACAGAACAUCGCUUCUCAAAAAGAAUGUUUUUUUUUUUUUGUAUUCUUUCCCCUUGGCCCACAGUCUGUUGAUUUGCAUACAGAAUAACUCUUAAAGGAGAAAUAUAUGAUUUUUUUUCCAAAUUUAAAACAGUUCCCAGGUGUCUUAAUAACAUGCUUUGUGUCAAAAUACCCCAAGGAUCAAGAAUUAUAGAAAACUUUACACACUCUUUACACUAGUAGCCUGUUUAAGAGGGGAGAAACCUGUCUCAUUCAAGAAAGCCUCAUAUACUGCUUAGUCAAUAGCGAAUUCGGAUUUCGUUGGCAUGACAACUAAGCGCAAUUGAAAAGUAAAUUUAAAUUUAAAAUUAAAUCCCACUUAAUGAUGCACCAAAGAGCCCAAACAUAUUUCUUAGAAAUUUGACACAUCACAGAGAAGUGUUUCUAAAAAGCCUGCCAAAUUUGAAUGAAUUAAACACUGUUAUUGUAAAAUAAGGGUCUGAAAUCAUGAAAAAUAAAGCCCUCCAUCAAGCUGCAGGAAUGUGUAGGCAUGCACGCGUUCUCUGUUAUUUGGGGAGGCCCACACACAACUCCGAGCAAGGCGCUGACAUUUUGGAUGACCCCGCCGCAGUCGAGUGAGCUCCUUAGCUUGCCAGUUCGUGGGCUAGCGAACGUAAUAAAUACAGUAUAUCUCAACAAUUCAGUACUAAAUAGUUGUCUUUAGCACUUACCUUCAAAGAUCAUGUAUUUAGAAACAAAGCAGACAUGUUUUAAUUCCAGCUCUACACUGUAGCAAAUCUUCCCGUGUCCUUCUAUGACAGUCAAUGUGACAUGCCGAGGGGAAAAAGAAGUGCAAACUCUGCUUUUGAUUGGGAUAGGAGUAUUUAAAUGCCCCAUACAUUACAGCACUUUUCCUGCUUUACUUUUCACAGAAUUUACUGUGAAGUACCCAAAUCCAUAUAAAUUGUCCUGAAUACAGCAUUUAGCAUCAUCCAUGGGUGCUCACAGACUUUAGAAUUAUUGCGUAUUAAUGUCUGUGCUGUAUGCAGUUGCAUUCAAAAUGAUCAAACCCCAUUGUAAAUUACAUUUAUUUUCAAGCUUUACAAUUUUUCAACAGAUGGCCACAUUUAUGAAAAAAUAAUGUCCACUUUUAAGAUUUUGUGUAUUUCGACCGUUUUUGCUGGUUCUUUGCAAACUACUAUAAAGUGGUGAAAUUUGUAAACAAAUAUAAUUUGAAAUGUGGGGGUUGAACGAUUUUGAAUGUUGUUGCCUUUAACUAGUCAUUAAAUUUGGACAUAAUGCCAACACCACAUAUGUUAACUUAUUCAAAUGUUGUUGAUUUUUUACUCAAAUCUUCAUUUAGAAAAAUGGAAAGAAGCCCAAGUAAAUCAAUCAAGAAAGUGCACAUUUUGUGCAUCACUGUAUUCUGUGUCCAUUUGUGUCCUAACAUUCAAAUGAUAUAUUAAUUGUCAUGAUCUGUAUACGAUAUUUUUGACAUCCUGAGAAAAAGUAAAAUCAAGCUCUUAAGUGAUGCAGUUUUCUGGCUUUUGAAACAUAGACUGUAUAUACAUUUACAUUUUGAUUGGAAUCUGUCCAUUAGCACUACAAGCAAAUCAAGGGUUAGAGUUCAGGUUACCGGUAAGUAAAUGAUUUACAGCAAUAAUUCCGGUAUUAUCAGUAAUAGGCCAACAUAACAGGAAUAUAAAAUUUGCUGCUCAUGUCCAGACAGUACGAUUCAUUAUCUGUUACAUUAUCUGUCCCCAUUACACCUGACUGUAUUCAGUCGUGGUAUUGGGUUUGUUUUGUUUUUCAUUUGUUUAAACUUACUGUAUGUCCUGCACCGUAGAACAUUAGUAUUCCAUAUUUGUAUAAUUGCACUGUACUGUACUUAUAAACGGCAAACAUGCAGCAACUUGGCUAUAAAUAGAAAAAUAUUCCUGCAUUUACCCCCUUCUUUCCCACUCUGAAGCACACGGAAGCAGACACCAAUAGUUAUUCAAAAAGGGAGGGAGCAAAAGGGACCAAAGCUACGCAGGGAUGGCUUGUUUUAUCUGGACCUUGAGAAAAAGGGGGGCUGGUACAGAGUGGAACAGAGCACAUUACACUUAAAUAACUCAUGAAAAAAGAAAAACAAGCUGCUUGGUACAUUUGCAAAGUUACACUGGAAUUAUGGAACAAUAAAAGCAUACAGGCUCCUGUAUAUUAGUAAUGUUGCCGCUACUAAGCAAAGAUCUGAAUAUUCUUCAAAACAGUUGCUCACAAAAUAAGCUAUGUCUGACAGUAAAUAUUUUGUCUCCCUGAAACAGAGACUCUUUACUAUUGCAUCUUAUUGCCACCUUUAUAUUUCAGUAGCUUCACUUACACAUUGACGAAUUUCACACUGGAUUCCCAGGAAAUUGUUGCAUCAGAGGGGUAACAAAACAGACAGUAGGACCAUGAUUAUUCUCCUGUCGCUUUCAGAGAGAACCUGCCGAAAUUGGGCAUGGCUGUCUUAAGUGUGCGUCACUUACCCGCAAUGAGAUAAUUAAAUGCAUGGAGAUGUCAGUGUGAGAGUGACAAUUGCUUUCAACUUUAAGGGGUGUGAUUAGUGAGUAUCAGGUGUUAUACUUUGCACUCACUUACAUAUAUUCCGCCUCUGUUGCACUUUACACAUGGUACCUUACGCAUGGGACAGUGAGCUGGUCAAAAGUUGGAAAGCGUAGACUUCGAUGGCCAGUGUGAAAGGGACUGCUGUUACCUGGUGUGUUUGCAGAAAACUCUUUAAGGCUGGAACAUUUCUCCAGCCUGAUAUUACAGCAUAAAAUUACAGUGUUUAGCCAUCUGCUAACUUAGGUGUUCCAACAUUAAUGAGCUGUUUUUAUUAUCUCGUUUUGCAGACAUUGCUUUACAGUAUCAAUUAUUACCUGCAUAGCAAGCUAAUGGGUAUAAUGUUGUUUCAGUAGUGUAUGUCUUUGUGUUUAUGCAGUUGUUUUGUUUUUGCUUUUAUUCUAAAAACAAAAAACACAUUUCUGUCAAAUUCUGCAAUUAUUUAAAGCCUUUAGAGGUUCCAACUCUUUCUUUCAAACAUACUACUGAGGUGUUGUGGACUCUUCUGCCGUCUAUGUAAGAUAUUUUCAGGAAUCACAAAAGGUUGAAGUGACUUUAUUAGGUUGCUUGGUGGUAGAUGUUUUGUGAUCAAAAUAAAAAUUUGUAUGUAAAAUUAUAUAAGCAUUCACACAAUCAGUUAUGGGAACAAAUUUAUAUUUUAAUUUAAUUUUAAUUUAAGAUAAUGGGCGGAAAAUACUAUAAUAAACUUGAUCAAGAAUUAGAUAAUCAUAGGCACAUACAAUCAACUAGUUUUCUUUCAUAAAUGUAUGUAUAUAAUAGAACUUUUCAGCUGAGAGUAAAAUAUAUUGAGUCAAUAUUCGUCAAUUUAAUGACAAAAUGAGAAGGACUGAUCAGUUUGCUGACAGCAUGCAGUAGUACAAUGAUCUAGUGGGGCAGCAUGGCUCAGGUGGUAGCGUUGGUCGUCUCCCAAUCAAAAAGUUGCGGGCUCGUCCCUCGACCCCUAUGGCCAUGUCCGAGUGUCCUUGAGCAAGAUCCUGAAACCCCAGUUGCUCCAUUAUCAGUAGAUGAAUGAGGAGACAGUGUUUAAGUGCUUUGAGCACCUUGAUGGUAGAAAAGCGCUAUACAAGUGAAAGCCCAUUACCAUUUAAUGCUGAGAUUCUCAACAAGUGUGCUGUGGGAAAUAACAAAUUUCACAUAAUUGCUCAGAAAAUUAUUUAUUUACUACUAAUGAUGUAUCUUUAAUAAAUAAUCUAUGCCAGCAGCAUAUAGUGACUGGUAGAACAAUUUAAUGCUCUUCCACUCGAUGGCAGAAGUUACAUAAUGAAACUGUGUAUUAACUUUUUGUAACAUUUUUGUUCAGUGGUGUCCCAUGAGAUUUUUUUCUGAUGUAAAAUGUGUGCCUUGGCUUAAUAAAGGUUGAGAAACACUAGUGUAAUGAUCUAUAUCAUAAACCCAAGAUUAUUAUUUUGGGUCAAAUUUUCUGGCACAUCUCACAGAAACCAUCUCCUAUAGUUAGAUAUGCACAAUGAUAAAUACAAAGUGUGUUAAAUAUGAUCUAGUGUGAACAAAUGAACUCGAUAGAUUGUGUAAAUGUAAGCACACAGAGGUAAUCGGACCUAUUUCCUCCUGUAGCAUCUUUGGCCACCUGCUUGACUACAACAUUGACACAGCAAAAUAUACUGUUAAUGUAUGUGUAUUAAUUAAUAUAUUAUGGGUUAUUAAGGGGUUAUUAUUAUUAAAAUCCUUUUCAUUCUGCCAUUUAAAAUGAGGUUUUUUUUUCCUGUGCAUUUUAUGCUUGAAACGAAAUGUACAAAGAAGAGCUUGUGGAUUGUUGUAUUUGUAGGCUUAAUAUGCAGUGUUUGAAUUUGCUCUGCUGUUAGUGUGUUAGUAUUUUCUUUUGUGAGUUUUUGAAUUGAUCUGUAAAAAAGUAUUUUAGUUUAUAGAUGAGAUUACGUAAAGGAAUUGGAGUUGAAAAAAUCAAAUAGCAUAACGAGUAUUUGCGUAAAUAAUACUUUAAAUGCCUAUUUCAAAAAUAUAUAUAAUGUACAUUAUUGUAAUGGUACGUUUGGGUUUUGAUGGCUGUUUGGAAAAGAUGGCAACUUCAAAUAAAAAGUCACGGACGUUAUUCA